AUGGACAAAACUGUUGAUGUAAAGCGGAACAUACAGGAUGAGAAGGUACCCCAUAUACCCGAGGAGCAAGAGCACCACAAGCAUGAAGAAACCUACGAGGAUCUGAAUGACUCGGUUAGUAUUUGCGUGAGGAGUCGUCAUUAUGACGAUGAUAAUGGUGAACACAAUAAUCUGUGA